CAGAGCGGCUGCAGCGGGGGCGGGAAGGAGAGCAGCGAGCGAGGCCGGAUCCGGCAGGCGCUGGCGCGGAGCUGCCGAGCAGCGAGGCGAGCGCAGGGCCGCGAGCGUGUGGGCAGAGAGCCGGGCUGCCCCCGAGGGGCUCCUCGAGGGCGGCAGCAGCACCCCCGGCCGCCAGCAUGCCCGGACUGCCCGCACAGGGCGGCGCCGGCGCCGGCGCGCGGAGGGAGCGCGGGCCGCGGCGGGGGUGCGCGGCCCCCUGCGCCCCCGCGGAGGCGCGCGGAGGGCGCCCCUGAGCUCACAGAGGGGCCGCGCGCUGCGCUGCGCUGCGCUGCGCAGUGUUGCGUUGUGCUGCGUUGUGCUGCGGGGCAGUGCGGUGUUUUGCGCUGCGCUGCGUUGGGCUGCGGGGCGGUGCAGUGCGUUGUGCCGCGCCGCGUUCCGCAGACGCCGCUCCGCGCGCGUUGCUCGAGGGCGCCGGCGGCGGGCGGCUGCUGGCGGCGGGCAGCAUGGUGCGAGCGCGGGGGGCGUCCGGCCCCGGGUGCCGCCUGCUGCUGCUGCUCGGCCUCCUGGCGGCCCUGCGUGCCCGGGACAGCCGGGCUGCUCCGCGGGCAGCGCCGGGCCCAGCGGUGGCUGCUGGUGAUGCUGGUGCUUGGCCGGAUGCAGGACUGAAGGCUUGGGAAGAUGCUGGAGGCAGUGGUCUUCCAGAUUCUCAGCUGAAUCUGCUUUUUGAGCAUCAGAGGGAUGCCAGGGAUGAGGCUGUGGUUGAAGGUUAUCCCAGUUCUCGCCUGGAUCCCGUUGUUGAGGCUCGGGGUCUUCCCAGGCGUGGUCCAAGAGUUGUUGAGCCUCGCAGGGAUGCCAGGGGCGAUGGUUACCGAACUUUUUGGCGGUAUCCAGUUCUUGUGCCUCGGGAGGAUCCCCGGGCUGUGGCCGUAGCGGAUGGAGAUCCCUCUUCUGCUCUGGAGCCUGGACUGGUGACUCCGGGACAUCGUGGAGGUGUUCCUGUAGGCAGUGGCCUCCCAGCUUCUCAUCCGGAUGCCAUUGUUGUGCCUCAGGGGCAUGCCAGGGAGCUUCCAAGCGUGUCACAGCCUGGAGAAGCCCCCCACGGCAGGAAAUACUCCUUUUUUCCAGUGCACCGAGGUCUUGGUGGUGGCAAAGAUGCCGAGGCUGCAGCUCCUAAAGGCCGACAAAAGCAGCAUUUGGUCCUGAGUGCCGCAGUCUUGGGUUCCGUACUGUUUGUCGUCCUGCUGACGUGUAUAGUCGCUUUCUGGCUGAGGAAGAGAAAGCAAGAAGCGGUACCAGCUAACCCUGCCGCUGCCUCCAACAGAGGGGAGUCAAGCACAGAGGAAGGCAGAGCAAAACCAGGGAGUGACAGCGAAAAGGAUGAGCUCACCCUAGAAAAUGAAAAUCUGAACAGCAGCUCCAGUCGCCUUCCGGUGAACUUUGCAACAGAGCUUUCCCAGUUAUUUAAUGCCACAAAUUCAGAAAGUUCAUUUCAGCCUACAUGCCAGAACACCUCAGAUGGUGAUUAUGACUCUUCCUCAGAUAUCUGCAUUCCCCGGGAUUUACCCCAAGCCGAUCAUUCCAAGUGCGUGUGCUUUCAUUACCAACAGGGAUAUUGUACUUCAGAUGCAUAUUCCGAAUAGAAUAAUAAAAAUGGUGGGCUAGAA